GGUUCUCCAUAUUUCUUUGUAUUCUUCUACAAAACUAUCACAACAACAUGAAGGCAACAGUGACUGUAUUCGUUUUCUUAGUGGCAUUCGCCUACGCCGGAAAAAUACACUAUGCAGAGAAAUAUUUAGACCGAAUCGCCACUUCUAGGACCGAAUGCUUUAAGAAAGACGGUUUGGACUUGAAGUACUUUGAUCUAGUUGACGACAGUGAAACUGCACCGACAUACGAUCAGCAGAAGUGUUACGUUAUGUGCAUGUUCGACAAGUUCAAAGUGACCGACGAAGAACAUCGAUUCCUACCGGAGGCCUAUAAGCAGUAUAUCGAUGAUUUGGUGCUUUUGGAGAAGGUGGACACAGCAUUAACAAAGUGUCAGGCCAAAGACAAGAUACUUAGAAACUGCGAAGAUGGCUAUGAUCUGUACCUUUGUAUCCUUAGAAACGUCUAAUGCUCCAUAAGAAGACCAAAUGUUAGAAACACAUUGAAGUUUAUUUAGAUUA